CCACGAAAUGCGCCUGCACGUGAUUAGGGUAACGAUCAACUUGGCAAUGACGAAGCGAGUCCAACCGGCAGACUGGGGGACUGAAGCCUGAAGCUAUCAACCCACCACUUCACCUCAACUCACCCUCCUAGGAACCUCCACCUCACACGCCCGCCCAUUCACCAGCAUGAGCGGAAUAAUAGAAUGGGCCUUUGGCCGCCGGCAAACUCCCGCCGAGCGUCUGCGCAAACACCAACGGUCCCUUGAGAAAGCCCAGCGCGAGCUCGACCGCGAACGCAUCAAACUCGAGCAGCAGGAGAAGAAGCUCAUCGCCGACAUCAAGAAGUCCGCCAAGAACGGGCAGAUGGGGGCGUGCAAGAUCCAGGCGAAGGAUCUAGUGCGGACGCGACGGUACAUACAGAAAUUCGCGAGCAUGAAGACGCAGCUGCAAGCGAUCAGCCUUCGGAUCCAGACGGUGCGGAGCAACGAGCAGAUGAUGCAGUCGAUGAAGGGGGCGACGGGGCUUUUGAGCUCGAUGAACCGCAGCAUGAACCUGCCUGCGCUGCAGCGGAUCGCGAUGGAGUUCGAGCGCGAGAACGACAUCAUGGACCAGCGCCAGGAGAUGAUGGAUGACGCCAUCGACGAUAUCACCGGCCUCGACGAGGAGGAGGAGACAGACGAGAUCGUCAACCAGGUGCUAGACGAGAUCGGCGUCGACCUCAAUAUGCAGCUGGGCGAGACGCCGAAUGGAAUUCAGUCCGGACGGGUCGCGGAGGGGAAGGUGCCGCAGGCUGUGGGCGUGCCUGGAGGUGGCGCCGAGGAUGAUGAUUUGCAGGCGAGGUUGGAUAGUCUCAGGCGUUGAAUGAAGGUUACGUACAUGCAUGGUGUUCUUUUGUUGGGCGUUCUUUUGCUUUGCUUUGUUUUGUUUCGUCACGCUGGCUGUUGCGCUCUUUGAUGAAUUCUACUGUCUGUAUGUCACGUUUCUUACCAUAUCAAUCCACCAGACCACAAAAUCAACCUCGCUGUAUAAAGCACGCAUGAAAACACA